AGAGCUUUCCUUCAAAAUACAGACUCAUAAUGCAUGUGUUUAUGCACAUUGAUGGCAUGCAGCCGCCUUUGUAUGUUUGUAAGUGGUGUGGUGAGGUAUUUCACAGUAAUGUAAGCUUGAAAAAACAUUUGAGAAUGAGUGAGAAUUAUAAAGACUUAACUGCUGCCAAUCAUGAAAAAUAUGGCUUUAGUGAUAAGCAUCAAAGCGGUAUCUUCUCAGAUAGAGUGUCAGAAGUUCCUGUCACAGAACACAAUGAGCUAUCUUCAUAUAAGGAAACUUGGAAAGCUUCAAACAGGUCCUCUAAUGACAUAUGUAACACACAUAUGACAAAUGAUAUGGAGAUAACAAAUCAUUAUGGAAAUUUAUCUACAGCUGUUAAUGUCGGUGCCCAGGCUGUUCUGCUUACUGCGAGCAGACACCACAAAUGUGGUAUUUGUGACAAUCUCAAGAGACAUGAAUUAAUUCACACUGGAAGGAAACUGCACAAAUGUGAUAUUUGUGGCAAAUCUUUUACUGUGCCAAGUAGUCUCAAGACACAUGAAUUAAUCCACACUAGAAUGAAACCGCACAAAUUUGAUAUUUGUGGCAAAUCUUUUGCUGUUUAGAUGGUCUCAAGAGACACAAAUUAAUCCACACUGGCAAAUGUGAUAUUUGUGACAAAUCGUUUGCCCUGUCAGGUAGUCUGAAGACACAUGAAUUAAUUCACACUGGAAAGAAACCGAACAAAUGCGAUAUUUGUGGCAAAUCCAUUGCUCUGUUAGG